GACGUGUACACGGCAAAGGAAUAUCUUGAUAAAUAUUACAGUAACAAAGGGCAAUUCCACAUGGCGGAAAUCGUGACUGAUGAAGUUUCUAUUUCAAGAAAAAUAAAAAAAAUGCAAAAAUUCUUUGGUCUCCAAGUUACUGGCAAGUUGGAUUAUUCCACCAUUAGCGUCAUGAAGAAACCGCGAUGUGGUCUGCCAGAUGUUGCAAAUUAUCAUCUCUUCCCGGGAGAACCAAAGUGGAAAAAAACUACAUUGACAUACAGGGUUGCCAAGUACACGUCAAGCCUCAGUAAACCUGAAGUAGACAGAGCAGUGGACAUGGGUUUGAAAGCAUGGAGCGAUGCAGCCCCUUUAAAUUUUAUCAAAACAAACCAAGGAGAAGCUGAUAUCAUGAUUUCCUUUGAAAGUGGAGACCACGGGGAUUCAUAUCCUUUUGAUGGUCCACGUGGUACAUUGGCUCAUGCAUUUGCGCCAGGUGAAGGACUGGGAGGUGACACUCACUUUGACAAUGAUGAAAAGUGGACAUCUGGAACUAAUGGUUUCAAUUUAUUUACUGUUGCUGCUCACGAAUUUGGCCAUGCUCUGGGCCUUGGACAUUCCAGUGACCCAUCUGCCUUGAUGUACCCAACUUACAAAUACCAGCAUCCGGUUGGGUUCCGUCUUCCAAAGGACGAUGUGAAAGGAAUUCAAGCUCUGUAUGGACCAAAGAUACCUGGAAAGGAGAAAUCCGCUAUACCUCAACAACCUUCAUAUAACCCAAACUACUGUGAUCAAAACUUGUCAUUUGAUGCCGUCACGGGUUUAGGGAAUGAACUUUUAUUUUUCAAAGACAGGUCCUUCUGGAGAAGACAAUCACAACCCGCAAGUAUUAGAGCCGGAUUUAUUGCAAGUUCGUUCCCACAGCUCAUGUCAAAUGUGGAUGCUGCUUAUCAAAUUGCAGAAAAAGGAACAGCAUAUUUUUUUAAAGGCCCUCAUUAUUGGCCAACAAGAGGUCUGCAAAUACAAGGACCUCCCCGAACCAUCUAUGACUUUGGAUUUCCGAACACUGUGCACAAAAUAGAUGCUGCUGUCCACUUAAAAAAUAAAAAGAAAACUCUGUUUUUUGUUGGUGAUGACUAUUACAGCUUUGAUGAAACCACCAGAAGGAUGGAAAAUGAAUACCCAAAAGCUAUUGAUGAUGAAUUUUCUGGAGUAGAAGGACAAAUAGAUGCAGCACUGGAACUUAAUGGGUUUAUUUACUUCUUCUCUGGUCCAAAAGCCUAUAAAUACGACACUGAAAAGGAAGAUGUGGUUAAUGUUGUGAAAUCAAGUUCCUGGAUUGGAUGCUGA